CCCUCCCCCCACAAGCCGAUCAUAAGUCCACACGCCCGAGACUCGCGGUGUCCGACGGAUCCGACGUGAAUCAACCGUCGCCUUUUGCUCAGGCACCGGUGAGGCUGGUGAGUUUGGCACUGGGGCCAUGUGGAGCGUCGAGUCGGGGAAGACCAGUGGCCGUUUAGCACUUGACUCGUUUACUAUCACCUCGUUCCUUGGCCAAUUGGCGGUCGUCUUUGGCAUGGGGUCACUGUCAAGUCCGUCGUUUCUUGAUGUGAGGCACCAAACCGCUCAGGACAGCGCCAGGCUGUGCUAUCUUGUUGUUUUGCCUUUAUUCCUUUUUUUUUUUAAUCUUUCAUGUGUUGGGUCAGGCCUGGGCAUAGUUAUGAAUGAGGCUUUGGCCGGGAUGGGCCACGAGGGCAAAUUCCAGGACCACGCGCAGGUAAGAUUAGACGAAGGAGCAUGGCUGCGAGUUUCUUUUGUCUUCUCCUUCUCUCCCAUAUAUCGUCGUCUCCGUUGGCCGUCGCCUUUCUUUUUACCAGGCGGUCUGAGACGGUGGACAGAUACCCGCACCUCCUAUUCUAGGGCCGGGUCCGUGUGGAGAGCACUACAGUUAGGUGCUUCUUUCCAAGUGCCAACGCUGGUUCCCUAAGCAGUUGGGCUCGCGGGCUGGAGCCAGUUAAUUAGGGCGAGGCGUGCGCGCGGGUAUGGGGGGGCGGUUGUUGGCUUGGGGGUACUAGAAACUUAGGCCCUUCUAGCCUGUUUGGUUU